UGUAUUUGAACAUUCAGGCAGCGUGCCCCGCCAGACACCGCUGCGCUCACAUCCGGCCCCUCGGGAGCUCCUGCCCUGUUGCUAAUUGUCAAGAGCUGUCCAGAGUCCUUGUCCAUGCGAUCCUGCCGUGCUCCCUCCUGCCCUGCUCCGUCCUGCCGUGCUCCCGGGGUGCUGUUCCUGCUCUGAUGCCAGCUCACAGCACAGUGCUGAGGCCACUGUCAGAGAGAGUGAGGCCAAUGCUGGGCACAGAACUAUAAAGUCACAGCCAAAGGCUCUGAAAGCACAAGUGAAGAAUCUGAGCUGACCCAGAAGCAGUGGGUCCCAUCGUGUCUCCAGACAGGACCAAGCUCCCAGGCUCUGCCUGGGAAGCACAGAGCCUUCUGCCAGCUGGAGUUCAAGUGGAUGCUGACGGAGUGAUGUGAGCUGCUCCUGCCAGGCUUGGUGUGCUCCCAGUGCUCCUGCAGGCACCUCCUAGCAUGGUCCCCCUGCCAGGCUGCUCCGCGGGUGCCAGCAGUGCCCGCCCGGCUCCAGGGACUCCAGGCUGACCCCACACCCCUGGCACUGGACCCACUGAGCAGGAACCGUGUGGGUGCUUCUGGAGCAGCUGGUCGAUAGAUCUGCUCUUUGAAAGGCUUUGGACACCUCUUCCUCUGCCUGCAUACUUAUGAAGAGUCAGUGCUGGGCUUUAAAUGCAGCUCAGCCCAACUCAGCUGCUGUAUAUGAGUUUCUUCUGUAUUAAAGUUUGGCCAGAACCAGUUUCAAGGCAGCUGAAAGAAGAACCGACCUCCCUUCCUCCGGUGUGUUGGGAUCUUUACAGCAGCCCAUGCCGCAGCGCCUCGCCCAUCCCACCCGAGCUGCUCAUGCCACUGGCCUGGACCUAACCUAGGCUCAGUCUCAGCGUGGGCUGGGCAGGGGGCACCAUGGGGAGCUCUGCCUCAUCGCUGGCCGCGGAGACGGAGUCGGACCAUGGCUUCGGUAGCGCGCCCUACCCGGGGCACCCGGCCGUGGGCUGGUAUAGGAGCAGCCACGGCGGCCCCGUGUGGGAAAGUGCCCUUAUAACGCGGCAGCAGCAGCACCUCCAGCACCGGGUGCGAAGCCACUCCCACUCUCCCGGCUCCAUGGCUGCUGUCCGUGAGUGGUCCUGCACCCGCUGCACCUUCUUGAACCCCGUGGGCCAGCGGCAGUGCUCCAUCUGCGAAGCCCCUCGUCAGAAACCCGACCUCAACCACAUCCUGCGGCUCAGCGUGGAGGAACAGAAAUGGGCCUGUGCCCGCUGCACCUUCAGGAACUUUCUGGGCAAGGAGACCUGUGAGGUGUGUGGCUUCACCCCCGAGCCAGGGCCUAGUGGCUCCCCCUUGCCCGUCAUCAACGGCAUCUUGCCCAAGCCCGCCGUGCUCGUGGAGCCCAAGGGCACGUCCAAGGAGGAGGCUGCCAAGGCAGAAAGCAGCAGUGAGGACUCGGAGGGGAAGAGCCCCGAUGAAGCGGAGCUGGAGAGCGGCUGGGCCUGCCAGCGCUGCACCCUGCACAACACGCCCGUGGCCAACUCCUGCUCCGCCUGUGGGGGCCCACGCAAGCUCUCCCUGCCCAAGAUCCCCCCAGAGGCGCUGGUCGUCCCUGAAGUCAUCACCCCGGCCGGGUUCCACGUGGUCCCCUCCACCCCACAGCCUUCAGUCUCUGCAGAGAUCUCCGAUGGUGAUGCCGCGGCCACCCAGGGCCCCGUGGCUAUGGAACAAGAGGCCCAGAAGAUACCACCCUUCAGCCCUUUCUCCCCGGGGCUGCAGAACAACCCUGUGCCCCGAAGCCGGCGGGAGGUGCCCCCCCAGCUGCAGAUGCCAGGCCCUGAAGCCCCCCAGCCUGCGGCCCCGAGCGCCGUGGGGCAGAAGGGCUCUCCCCAGAGCCAGGCCAGGGCCGCCCCCGCCGCCCGCUUCCCAGAGCUGCUGUCCAACAAGCGGCUGAGCGUGCUGGAGGAGGAGAUGGAGGUCAGCCCGUCCCACUGGAAGUGCAGCUCCUGCUCCCUGCUCAACUCGGCCGGGGCCGGCAAGUGCGAGGUUUGCAGCACCCAGAAGGGCAGCGACACCAUCAACGUGGUGGGCGACUCGGUGAGGUUCACCCCGUGCAGCCCCUCCAGCCCCGACUUCACCACCUGGUCCUGCUCCAAGUGCACCCUCAAGAACCCCACCCAGGCGCAGAAGUGCAAGGUGUGUGGCUCCUCCAAGCUGCACGGCUUCCAGGAGCACGGCCCGCCGGGAGAGCCGGCCCCGCGCUGCCCCGACUGCGCGGACAGGGGCGGCUGUUCUGCCGGCUGUCCAACCCCGUCCGCCCGCAAGGUUGCCCGGCUCUUCCCGUCCCCGCUGCCCGGCGGGCAGGACAGGCCGGGCCAGUGGGCCUGUCCCGCCUGCACCCUGCUCAACGAGGGCAAGGCCAAGCACUGCGGGGCCUGCCACACCCCCCAGCAGUACAUCACCCAGCGCAAGGGCCUCAAGCCCCUCAAGAGGAGGGAGAGCAUGCACGUGGAGAAGAGGCGGCAGACGGACGAGGGGGAGGCCAAAGCCCUGUGGGAAAACAUCGUGACCUUCUGCCGGGAGAACAAAGUGAAUUUUGUAGAUGACAGUUUCCCCCCUGGGCCCAAGUCCGUGGGGUUCCCGGAAGGUGACAGUGUGCAGCAGCGGGUCAAGCAGUGGCUGCGGCCCCACGAAAUCAACUGCAGCAUCUUCAAGGACCGGUCAGUGAAGUGGUCGGUGUUCCGGACACCCAGGCCCUCGGACAUCCUGCAGGGCCUGCUGGGAAACUGCUGCUCCUGGUGGCUUGGCCUUGCUGCUCCUGCCUCUCUGUCUUCUGAGGCAGUGGGAGGGCUGGCAGGGGUGAGGGGCUUUCCUAGGUCCUGCCCGGGGUGUGAUGUGUCCCUCCCUGUCUCACAGGCCCAGAGGAAGCAGCUGUGGGUCGCCCUCAUCGAGAAGGCGCUGGCCAAGCUGCACGGUUCGUACUUCGCCCUCCAGGCCGGGCGUGCCAUCGAGGGCCUGGCCACGCUCACAGGGGCCCCCUGCGAGAGCCUGAUGCUGCAGGUCAGCUCCACUAACCCUCGUGAGGAGCCCAUUGACACUGACCUCAUCUGGGCCAAAAUGCUGAGUUCUAAGGAGGCUGGGUUCCUCAUGGGCGCGUCCUGUGGCGGAGGCAACAUGAAGGUGGACGACGUGGCCUACGAGAGCAUGGGGCUGCGGCCCCGGCACGCCUACUCCAUCCUGGACGUGAGGGACGUCCAGGGCUUCAGGUUACUGCGGCUCCGGAAUCCCUGGGGCCGCUUCUCCUGGAACGGCAGCUGGUCGGACGAGUGGCCGCACUGGCCGGCACCCCUGCGCCACGACCUGAUGCCCCAUGGCAGCAGUGAGGGCGUGUUCUGGAUGGAGUACAGCGACUUCAUCAAGUAUUUUGACUCCGUGGAUAUCUGCAAACUCCAUUCAGACUGGCAUGAGGUGCGUGUGCAGGGCAUGUUCCCCAACAAGGCCAACGGGCCGGUGACAGUGACGUCGCUGACAGUGUUGGAACGUGCAGCCCUGGAGUUUGCCCUCUUCCAGGAGGGCAGCAGGCGGUCAGACACGGUGGACAGUCACCUGCUGGAUCUGUGCAUCAUGGUUUUCCGGGCCACCUUCACCAGCGGGAACAAGCUGAGCCUGGGCCGGCUCAUGGCCCACAGCAAACGAGCCGUCAAGAAGUUCGUCAACUGCGACGUGAUGCUGGAGCCGGGCGAGUACGCCGUGGUGUGCUGUGCCUUCAACCACUGGAGCACUGCCCUGGCCAGUCCUGCCACCCAGGCUUCCAGUCCCACCAGCAGCCGACCAGCCACUGAUUAUUCCAGCUACAUCCUGGCCAUCUACAGCUCCCGCCUGGUGAUGGUGGAGCAGGUGGAGGCACAGCCCACCACGCUGGCAGAUGCCAUCAUCCUGCUGACCGAGAACAAGGGCGAGCGCCACGAGGGCCGUGAAGGGAUGACCUGCUACUACCUGACACAUGGCUGGGCAGGGCUCAUCGUGGUGGUGGAGAACCGGCACCCCAAGUCCUACCUGCACGUCCAGUGUGACUGCACCGACAGCUUCAACGUGGUGUCCACACGUGGCAGCCUCAAGACACAGGACAGCGUCCCCCCCCUGCACAGGCAGGUGCUGGUGAUCCUGUCCCAGCUGGAGGGUAAUGCCGGGUUCUCCAUCACGCACCGCCUGGCACACCGCAAAGCCACCCAGGCCUUCCUCAAUGACUGGAUGCUGACCAAGGGCACCCACAACCCCCUGCUCACGCCCGAGGUCGCGGGGCUGCACGGCCCCCGGCCCCUAUGACGAAGCGCCUCCCCCUCCCUGCCCGGCUCCCCCGUCACUGUCCCCGAGCC